ACAGGGCAAACAAGUUCACUAGAUUUUUGAUAUAGGAUGGUUAUGUGCAUCAACGGUGUGUUUUACCAGUGUUGUUCCCUGGAUACGGGGGAGGAAUUCACCGUUCCACCAGGGCAAGCUUUUUGGCUUGCCAGAUGGAAGGCUCUCGCUCUCCUUCUCCCCCCGCAGGCUGUUCCAGGAGUUCUCCCAGGCUCCUGAGCCAAUUUUGAAUGGAGGGGAAAUCCUGUUACACAAGCAGCCGUCCUUGUGCAGGGCUUCCGCCGAUAGGACUCGUUAGUUAAAUCCCUCCAAUAAUAAGGCAGACAUGCUAAAAUCCUUUAUGGCAUGUCUGUUAAAUUUGCCUCAAAAGUGUUGAUAUGAUUAUAGCAGUUAUUUUGCAUCUUUUUCAGAAAGGAGAAACAGUGAAAAAGAUGCGCGAGGAGAGUGGUGCACGAAUCAAUAUUUCUGAGGGAAAUUGUCCAGAGAGAAUUGUCACCAUAACAGGCCCCACUGAUGCCAUCUUCAAGGCUUUUGCCAUGAUUGCUUACAAAUUUGAGGAGGAUAUAAUCAACUCAAUGAGCAACAGUACAGCUACCAGUAAGCCACCCGUAACGUUAAGGUUGGUCGUGCCAGCAAGCCAGUGUGGGUCACUGAUUGGAAAAGGAGGCUCCAAGAUUAAGGAAAUCAGGGAGUCUACAGGUGCUCAGGUUCAAGUGGCGGGGGACAUGCUGCCCAACUCUACAGAAAGGGCAGUGACCAUUUCAGGGACCCCCGAUGCUAUUAUCCAAUGUGUCAAACAGAUCUGUGUGGUGAUGCUGGAGUCCCCACCGAAAGGUGCCACCAUUCCCUAUCGCCCAAAGCCCGCCUCCACCCCUGUCAUUUUUGCAGGUGGUCAGGUAAGAGCCGACCCGCUUGCGGCCUCCACUGCCAACCUCAGCCUUUUACUGCAGCACCAGCCGCUGCCCGCCUAUACAAUUCAGGGACAAUACGCUAUUCCACACCCAGAUCAGUUGACCAAGCUCCACCAGUUGGCUAUGCAGCAAACCCCCUUUACUCCCCUUGGACAGACCACCCCCGCUUUCCCUGGUUUGGAUGCCAGUCCCCCGGCCAGUACUCAUGAACUCACCAUUCCCAAUGAUCUAAUAGGCUGCAUAAUCGGACGCCAAGGGACCAAAAUCAAUGAAAUUAGACAGAUGUCUGGAGCACAGAUCAAAAUCGCCAAUGCCACAGAAGGUUCAUCAGAACGCCAAAUUACCAUCACAGGAACCCCAGCUAACAUCAGCCUUGCUCAGUACCUCAUCAAUGCCAGGCUGACGUCUGAGGUCACUGGAAUGGGCGCACUCUAAUUUCUGCCAAUCACACAUCAUUCGGCAUCACAUGACCCUCUCUAGCCAAUGACGCUUCUUCACCCAGCUUCUACAAUGCGUAUACUUACGGCUUCACACACCCCUCUUCUCCUUGGAAACUUUUCUUUAAUAACAAAUAUAUGUAUAUAAAUAUAUAUAUAUCUAUAUAUAUAUGUAUGUAUGUAUGUAUGUAUGUGUGCACAUACUAAUAAGUUGCUUUAUAAGUUGCAUUUUGUGAUUUUGAUUUUGUUCCUGAAUUUUAAAUUUAUGCUCCAGGCCAGUCUGUGUUUCAGCUGUACAGUGCUAACUAUUUUGUAUAGGUUUUGCCUGGGAUUUCCCUUGGUAAGACUUUGGAAGAAGGUUGGUCUCGUUGGUCUUUAUUUAGCUCAGUUUAGCUAAGAUGGUUUUUUUAAUUUUACCCUUUUUUGCAGCACCUGUAGUAGGACUGAGAUCUGGCCUAAUCUAGAGCAGUGGUUGCUUUGAAAUAGCUGUUUCUUUUAAUUAUUCAAUUAUUCCUUCCAUCUUUGAACCCUGAUUGUCCUUGGCUCAUCCUUAAAAUGUUUGGAUCUCUGUCCUAAGAAUGUGGCAUGACUUUCACCCAUUUCAUGUUGGAAGUGGAACAGGCAGGAGCCCAGGAGCGUCAACUGGGACCUCAUGGGUUCCUGCAAGGACUGGGCUGCUUCCAGUGAGGCACAGCCAAAGCAAGCCAUUUUCGUUACCAAGCAGAGAACAAGGUGAGGAAAAUAUUCCUUUAAAUAUAGAAUUAUUUCAUAGAAAUGGAGACAAAUAAAAAAUUUUAUGCGGCAGGAACUGCUGAAAAUAUCCUUAAGAGAAUCACCCACAGACUUUUGGACUUAGCUCAGGAAGCUCCAGCCUCUGGGAGCCUGCUGUGUUUGCCAUUGUUUGUAUUUAAUAAAAGUCUGUGCAGCUCUGCUAGU